GUGUGCUUCCAGCCCUGGAUUUGGUGAAACGUAGCAGCGUACACACACACCCACAUACAGCGGGCUGGCAGCAUCGACGUUGACGUUGCCGUUUGCUGUUUGCUGUUUGCCGUUGUUGCCGUUGCCGUCCGACAGUCAGUCAGUCACACAGGUGAGAAGCAAAAGUAAAAGGCAGCAGCGCGGCUGGAGCAGAGGAGCAAGCAGCGACAGCGACAGCGACUGCUACGUGUGUUGGUCAGUACCAGAAGUGAGCCUAGCCCGAGUCGAGUCGGAGCUGCAGCAGAAGCGGACACCCCAGCAGCAGCAGCAGCAGCAGUGGCCAGAGCGGAGAUAGCCCCCAACGCCUACGUCAGCAAAACGCGAGAAAACACGAGAAUCCUUGACAACCCCCCAAAACUCCCGAAUCCAAACUCCACCAGAAAGAUGGCCAUUAAACCUGGUCUGGGAAGAAAGCCCAGCAACAAGAACCCGCCAAUCCUGAGCCACGAGUUCGUGAUACAGAACCAUGCGGACAUCAUCUCCUGCGUGGCAAUGGUCUUCGUGGUGGGCCUGAUGAACGAAUCGACUGCCUCCUUCGCCAGCGCCUUCAUCUCGCUGCAUCACAACGUCAGCGGGGAGGACCCCAGCAGGGAGCAGCCUUAUGGCAAGGCCUACACCUAUGUGGCCGGCAUCAAGGACUACUGCUCGAUCUUCUUCUACACCCUGACCUGCAUCAUAAUGCAUGCGAUCAUCCAGGAGUUCGUUCUGGACAAGAUCAGCAAGAAGCUGCAUCUCUCCAAGUUCAAGCUGGCCCGCUUUAACGAAUCCGGCCAGCUGGUGGCCUUCUACCUGCUCUCGUUCGUGUGGGGCGCACAUGUCGUUCUGCGCGAAGGAUACCUGGGCCAGGUGGCCCAGUUGUGGGAGGGCUUCCCCAGCCAUCCAAUGAGCUUCCUGCACAAGUUCUACUUCAUUAUCCAGCUGGCGUACUACCUGCACAUGCUGCCGGAGCUAUACUUCCAGAAGAUCCGCACAAGGGAGGAGCAGCAGCCGAAGAUUGUACAUUCCAUCAGCGGCUUCAGCCUCAUCGUGAUCGCCUACACCCUGAGCUUCCAGCGGCUGGCCCUCGUCCUGCUCACGCUGCACUACUUCAGCGAGCUGCUCUCACAUGUCUUCCAGCUGAUCGGCGUUUUCGAUCGUGAGGAGCGCCUCGCCCGCCUGCGCGUGGUGAACAGCGCCUGCUUCUUCCUGGUGCGCUUCGCCACCUCGGUGAUUGGUGUGCUCACCCUCUACUACGGCAUCGGGGGCCUGCGCUCCCUGCUGGCCCUCGGCGGUCUGAUCGCCCUGCAGGGCUACCUCGUGUUCUCCUUCAUCACUGAACAGCUGCGUGCGAAGCGUGAGGCCAAGCGCGAGGCGAAGCGAGAGGCCAAGCUGCUGGCGGCACAGUCCUCCAAGAAGGCCGUCAAGUCACCCAAGGACAAGGUGAAGCGCAAGAAGGAGAGCGACCUGCCCGAGGCGGACCAGCCGACGCCCAGUCCCGUCAAGCAGAAGCUCAAGUGAGAGGGUGACCGGCGGCCAAGCCAUCGACGACUCUCAACGCCGAGCAACAAAAUCUUCCGCACACUUCCAAUCAAAUCCGAAAAUCAAUCUUAACCAAUCCAAUCCAAACCAGAGAAGUUAUAGAUAGUGAGAGUGAAAGCGAGAGAGCACCACCACUGACAGACCCCAAUGUAAAUGUAAAUGUAAAUGUAAAUCUCGGCCAAGGCCACGGCCCCAGGCUCCAGGUUAUAGCUCCAUCUUCAGAUGCAAUCGUGCAACCUGCAAUCUGCUGCCACCAACUACUCUAUGCUACCGAGGCACAUUUCCGUUGCAUUUACCACUUUCUCAGAACAGGAGACCGAACCAGAACUAGAGCCACUUUCCGACAUGCGAUGAAACUAUAUUUUUGAAACCUAUUUUUUGUAGCCUAAAUGUUUUGUUUUCAUUUUAAGUUUUAUAUAAUUUUUUUUUUAUAAUAAAUUUUUUUUAUUUUUAUAUAAUAUACACAAAAAAAAGAAGCCCUGCAUGUGUGCGUGGUGUGUGUUUUUUGGUUCCCAACUCUCUUUGUUAAAAGUAAUCGUUUGAUUCCUACAAAAUGAUUUCAACAAAACACACAACAAUUUCCAAUCGUCCUAUUUGCAUGUAAAACUAUUUUUUAUAAAACAAAACAAACAAAUCAAACAUCAACAAAAAAACACUUAAAACAAAUUAAU